AUGGCCCACAAACCAUUAGUAAAAAUAGCAGACCAAUUGAUUCACCAAAGUUUAGUAUCAAUUAACAAACCAGGUGCUCCACAAUGGCAACUAAUUACCCGUUCUAAUUCCCAAUUACUAUCUGUUCACUAUCAAUUAUCUACAUUCAAAUCAACUUGGACAUUUCUAAACAGUAUCGCACAACAAGCUGCUAAAGCUCGACAUCAUCCUACAAUAAUUACCACAUAUAACAAAAUAGAUUUAGAAAUUACAACACAUGAUGUUGGUAAUCAUAUCACUGAACUUGACUUAGAUCUUGCCAAGUCCAUACAUGAAGAAUAUAUAAAACAAGCAAACAAGUAA